GCAUCGGUACGUCCAAACGCAGGGAUCCUAGCACCUUCCGCCGAGCACCAUUCGCAUCUUUCUUGUGACAGUUUAGCCAACACUGCCGUUUGGUUGGGCCGAAUUCCAACAAAACGAAAAAUUAGCAAGUUACAUCCUUAUAUAUAUAAUAGCCUCAAUGCCUGUUCAAUGGCUGAAUCACUGAACAUAUUAGAAGCCAACGGAAGCAAACUUUAGUAGCUACUGAUGGAGGUGGAGGCAUCCAGCGCCAGCGAGAGCAACUGGUUGAACGUGGGAACCACGAUUCCCGUCAGGAACGUCCAGGCUCUGGCUUCGUCCGCUGCCGACGAGCUGACGGCCGAUAAAAUUGAACGGUACAUCCAGCCGGAUAUCGACGCGCACGCCGUUCUUGCCGAGCGCUCCGGCGACAUUCCGAUCCUUGACCUCGGCAAGCUCCUGAACGCCGAGACGGGGGAAGCGGAGGGCGCCAAGCUCAGGUUCGCCUGCGAGGAGUGGGGAUUCUUUCAGCUGGUAAAUCAUGGAGUGCCAGACGAGAUCAUCGCCGGUGUGAAGCGUGACACUGAAAAGUUCUUUCAGCUCCCCCUCGACGUCAAGAAUGCUUACGCCCAGCGUCCAGGGGAUCUUCAAGGUUAUGGCCAAGCGUUUGUUCAAUCCAAUGAUCAAAAGCUUGACUGGGGUGACCUGUUGGGCCUCCUCACCCAGCCGCCUCAGGCCCGUGACAUGAGUUACUGGCCUAGUCAACCUCAUACAUUCAGAAAUUCCGUUGAAGAAUACUCUUCUGAAUUGAUGAAAGUUGCUGAUUCCAUUGUCGCCUCAAUUGCAAAAACACUAGACUAUGAUCCUGAAUUGAUGGCAGACAAAAAUGUGGUUCAGACUUUCCGGAUGAGCUACUACCCCCAGUGCUCCUCAACGCCUGAAAAAGUUUUAGGGUUCUCACCGCAUUCUGAUGGGUCUUUUCUAACUAUCCUGCUAGAAGUUAACUCAGUACAAGGCUUACAAAUUAAAUGGCAUGGUGCGUGGAUCCCAGUAAAACCACGUCGUGAUGCACUAUUGGUGAAUGUGGGUGACCUUCUUGAGAUUAUGACGAAUGGAAAGUACAAGAGCAUUGAGCACAGGGUUACUGUGAAUGCCUAUAAGGAACGGCUAUCCAUAUCAUCGUUUCACGUCCCAAAGUUAGAUGCAAUAAUUAUGCCAAUUGUGAGCAUUAUGGAAGAGAAGGUGUUAUACAAGAAAACAAACGUAGAAGAGUAUGCAAGACGUUAUAUGUCAAACAAACUAGAUGGCAAGAGGGCCCUCGAUCAUGCAAAAAUAUCCGGAAUAUAAAUAUUGUCCGCUCUACUUUGGUGUUCCAUCAAAACAUUCGUAAAAUAGUUUCUUUUGUUUGAUUCUAACAGGUAAAAUUUGCUUUUCUAUUCGUCAUGCUGAGUGGCAAAUAAUUAUUUCUAAGUCGCCUCUAAGGACAAUACAACCACCAAAAUUAUAAGCAAAUCUUGAUUGGAUUGCUAUUAAGGUCGACUGAGAAUUUUUCUUCCAAAUCAGCUCAUCUAUGGACGCUGCCUAGAUGGGGACCAGUACAGUGAGAUGGUUGUUACUUCAUGGAAUCUCAACUUCUAAUUUGAAAUGACAACAUCUUGGGAAUUAGCAAAACAGUUUUUUUCCCCUUUCAGCUAUACCCUGCUGGUUUUCUGCAAGCAACAAAAUUGAUGGCUUUAUCAAGUAUAGCAGGAGACCUGCUUAUAAUUCAUAGAAAGAAAGCGGCUGAACUAAGCGUGCCCAAUUAGCGUCAUAGAGCGUGUGUCUUUUGACAGUAUCUUGCGAGACAAGGGAGUACUGACAGCAUGAGAACUGAUUUACGCUUUGAAGAA